GACGAUUUUGCCCUCUAAAUGGUCAAAACGUCACUAAAACCAAUAUAGACGAUAGACCCCCUUUAACGCAUAGAAUCAGAACUUCCUGGUCGCGCCUUUCCAUUCUUCGCCCUCGCUGCGCAGAUUGCUUCGACAGCUACUAGGUAAUAAUCUUUCGUGUGAGCUUUGAAGCAUAUUGAGGCAAAAAGGAUCAUUGUUCAUCGACAAUGCAGCCAUCAAGAGCUAGGUUAUUUAAGGAAUACAAAGAGGUGCAAAAAGAAAAGGCUGCUGAUCCAGAUAUUCAAUUAGUCUGUGAUGAAUCAAACAUAUUUAAAUGGAAUGCUCUUAUCAAGGGACCCUCGGAGACGCCUUACGAAGGUGGUGUCUUUCAGCUUGCAUUUUCUGUUCCUGAGCAAUAUCCUUUGCAACCUCCCCAAGUGCGGUUCUUGACCAAAAUUUUUCAUCCAAAUGUGCAUUUUAAGACGGGAGAGAUCUGCCUUGAUAUUUUGAAGAAUGCAUGGAGCCCAGCUUGGACUCUUCAAUCUGUUUGUAGGGCCAUUAUUGCAUUGAUGGCCCACCCAGAAGCCGAUAGCCCACUAAAUUGUGAUUCAGGGAACCUCUUACGCUCUGGUGAUAUACGGGGUUACCAGGCCAUGGCAAGAAUGUACACUAGACUCGCUGCCAUGCCAAAGAAAGGGUGAAUUGGGUGUUCAAUCGUUAAUGUUCUAAAUGGAUAGAUGUGGAAUGAAUUUGUUCUGUAAAUUCCGGAAAGAAAUUCAAAGAUGUUGAACUUGUUGCCGUGCUUUGAUUGCUAGAACUGCUUAUAGUAUGCUGAUCUGUAAGCCUGACCUUCUAAUUUCUCAUGUGUUUUGUUAAUGAUGUAUUAAUGCUGUACAACAAAUCACUAUUUUACGCUACAUUUCCCGAUUUUCGAAUAAUCUUGGUCACCAUUCCAGUUUUGGAU